UCUGAGGGAGAGGGGGAGGUCUCGCAUUCUCCGGCUGCGCUGCAACUUUGGGCUCUCGGGACCGGCGGCUCCGAAAAUGGAAUCUCUUUUCUAAAUUCCAACUUUAGAGAAAACUUCUGCGGAGUUUAAAAGCGGAGAAUAAAAUUCACAAGAGGAGAGUUAAGCGUGCGUUCAUAUCUGCAUCUCUCUCCCUCUCUGUGCGUGUGUGUGUGUGUGAGGAGAAAGAGGGGCUUUAUUGGAAAUUCUCGAACCCCCAUCGGGACGCUCUCGGCUUUCAGCUCCGCUCGCGCAGGUUUUCCAGGGAACAGUGGAGUUUGCUGGGAUCAGCGCGAGGCCACACACAGACUGAUGAAGGCAGAAGCGAGUCUUCAAAGAGGUCUGUGGCUGUAGUGGGUGUGUGCGUCUCAAUGCCAGUGGAUAUGCAGCCACAUCAGGGGCUGUGCCACUACAACAACACCGCCAACCAGCCGAGCCGAGGACUGGCUUGUUCAGUGCGAUCGCUCUACAGCCAGGUGCCACCCAACAGCAGAGAGAUGUUUAACCCCUCAGUGACCGCAGGAGCCUGUAUGGACCCUUACAUGCGGCCGCCGCACGGCAUGAUGGGACACCGCGGGAUGCCUCCGCCAGACAGCACCCCCUACUGUACCCAGAGCAUGAUGGGAUCUCAACACAACCUCACACAAAACCAGCUUGGAUCUGAACACAUCGGAUCCGGAGACGCGUCUUGUUUCUCGACGCCUCGCUCCAUGCUGAAGCUGAGUAAGAAGCGUGCUCUGUCCAUCUCUCCUCGGUCUGAUGCCAGUGUGGACCUGCAGACGGUCAUCCGCACCUCGCCCAACUCUCUGGUGGCGUUUGUGAACUCUCGCUGCGGGCCGAACGCUGCCAGCUCGUACGGGCAUCUGUCUUUGGGCAGCAUGAGUCCGUCGUUGGGUUUCUCCAGCUCCAUGAACUACUCUUGCAGAGCGCAAGGGAACAUGUACGGCUCUCUCGCUGCAUCAUGCCCCAGACUCCACGCUCCGGCCAAACACACACACCUGAAGACAGAGCCGGCUCUGGGCAGCAUUAACAUCAAGAGCCUGGAGGAGCAUUCGGAGGGAGACGUGGCCAGUCCAUCCUCGACUGGGACACAGGAUCCUCUUCUGGGUUUACUGGAGGGCAGAGAUGAUCUGGAUAAGGAGGAGAAACCUGAACCAGAAGCCAUUUACGAGACAAACUGCCACUGGGAGAGCUGCAGCAAAGAGUUCGACACUCAGGAGCAACUCGUGCAUCACAUCAAUAACGAGCACAUCCACGGAGAGAAGAAGGAGUUCGUGUGUCACUGGACGGACUGUUCUCGAGAGCAGCGGCCCUUUAAAGCCCAGUACAUGCUGGUGGUGCACAUGCGCAGACACACGGGAGAGAAACCUCACAAGUGCACUUUUGAAGGCUGUAAUAAAGCGUACUCGCGUCUGGAGAACCUGAAGACUCAUCUGCGCUCGCACACCGGCGAGAAACCCUAUGUGUGUGAACACGAGGGCUGCAACAAGGCUUUCUCCAAUGCAUCCGACCGCGCAAAGCACCAGAACCGAACACACUCCAACGAGAAACCGUACGUUUGUAAGAUCCCGGGCUGUACGAAGCGCUACACCGACCCGAGCUCUCUGAGGAAGCACGUGAAGACGGUGCAUGGCCCCGAGGCUCACAUCACUAAAAAGCACCGCGGAGACACCGGACCACGUCCUCCAGGUCUGACCAGUGCAGGACAGAGCUCUGAACUUCUGAUAGAAAAAGAGGAGAGAAGCAGAGAGGACUGCAAAUUACUCGCUCCAGAAACCACACUGAAAUCCCAGCUAAGUCCUGGUGGCCAGUCAUCUUGUAGUAGCGAACGUUCUCCACUAGGGAGCGCUAACAAUAACGACAGCGGAGUGGAGAUGAACCUCAAUGCGGCGGGGAGUCUGGAGGACCUGACCACACAAGAGGAGAGCGGGAACACUGGCGGGCCCGAGUCGAGCGGAGGCUCGGGGGGAAUGUGCAUGUCCGUUCAGGCUUUGAAGAGGUUGGAGAACCUGAAGAUCGACAAACUGAAGCAAAUUCGCCGGCCAACACCACCUGGGCGGAGCGCAGGGAAUAAACUGCCGGCUCUCCCAGGAGAGAUGAUGGGCAUGUGUGCUCCUUCACCCUUACUCUCCAACCGGCGUGUAAUGGAGCUUUCUGCCCCGGAUCUAGCCGGAGUUAGUGGAAUGGGAAUACCCUGCCCACCAAACGACCGGCGGGGCAGUGGCACCAGCAGCCUCAGCUCUGCCUACACAGUGAGCCGACGUUCAUCUUUGGUCUCGCCCUACCUAUCAAGCAGGCGCUCCAGCGACGUGUCCCAAGUGGGUCACUGCCAGUCCGUAAUGGGGACUGAUGUUCCCGGCGACCCACUGUCUCCUCAGAACAGCCAAAGAGGCGGAUCAUGCCAGAACCCUGGGGGGUUGCCAGGUCUACCAAGUCUGACUCCUGCGCAGCAGUAUAGUCUGAAAGCUAAGUAUGCAGCAGCAACAGGUGGCCCACCGCCAACCCCGUUACCCAACAUGGACCAAUCUGGCAACCCUGGAAGAUUCCUGAGGGAAUGCCGUGGUCAGCCUCUUCCUUCAUUUCUGCAGCAAGGUGGCACGAGGAGGCACAGUGCUAAUGUCGAAUACGGCACUGGAGUGAUUUAUCCACAUCAGGCACCUGGGAACAACACGAGGCGCGCCAGUGAUCCAGUACGCUCUGCUGCCGACACACAGGGUUUACCCAAGGUGCAACGCUUUAAUAGCUUAAGCAAUGUGUCCCUUAUGAGUCGCCGCAAUGCACUGCAGCAGUGCGGAUCUGAUGGCCCUCUCAACAGGCACAUGUACUCGCCUUGUCCACCGAGCAUUACUGAAAAUGUCAUGAUGGAGGCCAUGGCCAUAGAUCCUCAUGGGACUGCUGAUGGCAGAGAGCAAGGCAACAUGAUCCAAGGUGGAGACAGAGCCUUUAUGGGCUACCAGCAACCUCACCUCCACCCUCACAAUGCAAGUCAAAUAUCUCCCGGACAAGAAGGACUGAGUUGUAUGGAUCAAGUCUACCAGUCUCCAAUGCAAGGUCAAUACCAGCAUGAGGAGAUCUGUGUCACCGGGCUAAUGGGUCAAUCUGACAUUGCAAACAAUCUUCUACAGCAAGCUGAGUUCGGCAUGAGCAACUGUCAGCUUAGCCCCUCCGGUCCACAUUAUCCCAGCCAGGGUGUUGGAUCAGGACCCUGGGGUCAGACCAACCAGCUCCACAGCCCUCAGACCGAUAUGCAGUACCAGUGUGCAAGCAUGCAAGGACAACACUACCCUCAACAGGGUGUGUACAACCCUACAUCUGACCCUGGACAUCGAAGAGUUACUAUAAAACCAGAGCAGUUCAAUUCAUCCAUAGGAGAGUCCAGUUCUUGCCAGAACACUAAACCAUUAGACCAGCAUCGGCAUGAUGUGGCGUAUCCACCGCAGUCAGGUCAAGGCAUCAUGGGUAGGUCCUCCAAUGCAAACUGUGACUUCCAUCAUGGCCAAAUGGGAACACAAGUCGGUCUUCCACAGCAGAGCCAGGUGGGAUCGUUCCCGAGUGGUGGAGGGAUCAAUCUUGCACUAACGGAGAGCCGUAGGUCGCAGACGCCAAUGCAUCAGAUGAAGGAAAUGAUGGUGAGGAAUUAUGUGCAGUCCCAGCAAGCGCUCCUUUGGGAACAGCAACAGGAGCAAACAGAUGGUCUCUCUGGAAAGCCUGAUGGCAUUGAAAUGGAAGGACAUCAGCAAGCUAACCAGAAUCUUUAUCCUGGAAACUCCUACCAGGGCUACCCGAAUCAGAAUUUGAUGAGCCCACAGCAAAAUCGAGUUCCAGGUUCCAUCAAGGAGCAUACCGCUGGGAUGCAGGGAUCCUGCUAUGGGCCAGAUAUGGUGCCACGACCACCUCAGGGACGAAAGCCUCCGAGUCGCCAAAACAACCUAUCCCAGCAGACAAGUGGAGCUUACCUGGGCAGCCCAACUCACCUGAACCCGGUCCACUCCACCGCCAGUCCCAGAAGAGGAGUCCGUCUCCCACCGGUUCAACAACAGCAGCAGAAUUCGGAAAAUUUCAACAAUAACAACAACAACCCCAUGUACUAUUCAGGCCAGAUACACAUACACCAUGACAUCGAGAAGACUCAGGAUGGACCAUGCCUGGCCCAGCAGCACCUGACAGGGAUAGACCAUAGUACCAAGCCCACCUCGAUGGCCUACUCGGUCUCUGCACCCAUGUCCAACGCCUUAGAAAACCUGGACUUGGAGAACGCUCAGAUUGACUUUACUUCCAUCAUUGAUGACCAAGAACCUUCAUCUUACAGUCCAGUAAACCCACCGCUUGGACACCACCAGUGCUCCUCUCAGACCUCCUCCCGUCUCACCACACCCCAAACCUCCAUCACCCUUCCAAGAGGCCUUUCCAAUAUGGCAGUCGGGGACAUGACCUCGAUGUUGACGUCCCUUGCUGGUGAGAACAAGUAUUUGAACACAUUGUCUUAAAAAGUUUACACAUAUAAUUGGGCCAAAGUGAGCAUGUAAACUCAACACUAAAGGUUCCUCUGGACGUCCCUUUCUUGCUCAUACGCCAGGUACUAAUGGUUCUGCUGGUGUCCUUCAUGGGAUCUCAGAGAUUUUGGAUAAUAGUUUUGUAAUUGUGUAAAAUAUGUUGCUGAACAUUACCACAGAGGCCUAAUGACUAUUACUGAAGGGGCAUUCCGGACACUACUGUGAGACUGUUUACGAUGGAAAUAUUGUUUAAAAUGUAAAUAUGAGCUUUGGACUGUAAAUGGUCGCAAGAUAGUAUAAAGAAAAUCUCCUUUUUGAUACAUAUACAGAGUUCGACUGGAACAAAAGCCACGUGAACUCUACAUAAGAAGACUAAAAUGCUAAGUGAGCGAACGUGUUAAGGAAGCUGGUAGGCAAGUUCUCUAGACGUAUUGGUAAAGACAGGACUCAAGUGCCUUCAACCGUUGUGGCCUCUUUGAUUCCUCACAGGUACGACAUGUUGGAAAAAACUCAACAGAUGAGACACAUGGACAGUCAGAUAGAAACACUGACAGAUGUAUAAGCUCAGUAUGAAGCCCAAAGUAUAUGAACACUUAAUGUAUGAGUACAGUAGAAAUGCAUAGCCUUUCAAAGUAUACUCUACUUUAUAGUGCACAAAAACACAGCUGGCUGGCACAGUUUCAUGUUUGCCGUUGUCUGUGCUAUUUCUCUACUGAAGUUAUGAGCAAUAAAAACAAAAGUCUUUGUUCUCUAUUAAACUAGCAGGUGUCUAUAUUCUUGUUGCAUCUCCAGUAGUUUGUCGUUCUAUCACGUUUUUUCUCU